GCCGGCGCCGCGGCGGCAGACAAAGGCGCCGCUCGCGCCCGGGCGCCGCGCUCAGCGCUCUGCCUCGGUAAGUGGCUCCCUCUUCGCUGGCUUUCCCCUCCCGCCGCCUGCGCCUCUCGGAGUUCCGCGGGCUCCGGAGAAGAUGGGGAGAAGGAAGAGAUGAGACUUCCCCGCUCUCCCUGCACCUCGCCUCGCCUUCGCAGAAACACCAAACUAGCGAGUUUCCGAUCUGUGGGCCGUCUCCGCGAGACCCGCCCGGCCGCCCUCGGAAAAUUGAGGAAUGUGUCAUAAAGACUGGGUCAAGAACAAUGUGAACUCGGUUCUAUGACUGAGAAAUCUGAGUGGUCCACUGCAGUGACUUGGAAAGGAAAACUAUACAGGGAAGGAGACUCAGUCUGAACGAUGCCACAUUCCUGCGGGCCCUCUGUGGACAGCAGAACAGUCUCAGUGAAGGUGGUGUGGAUACAUGGGUGAAAAAGGAUGCUACCCACAUCCAAAGGCUCUGGAAGAUCCUGGCCUGGCAGCUAAGUUCCCUUUGGACUUGGGACAUCAGGUAUAACUUGGUGUAGAACUCAUGAGAGGCGCUUGGCUUUCUCUAGUUUUUUUCCCUAAUACUCACCAGACUGGUUUGGUUUUUGAAUUCUAAGGUAAGCUGGUUUUUAAAAAACCUGACAGAAAUAGAAAGAAGCCCCUAGAAGCCUCCAGAACCCUCUGGCAGGAUUCCUUCAUACUACUCAGAGCAUAGAGGAACGCUCUGAUAAGGCUGAGCUUUAGACCUUUUUGAGUGCAAGGACAUCUCAGCAAACAGCUCUUGCACUUCAGCCAGAAAGCGCCUUUUACAACAAGGAAUUCAAAGGGGAGAGUUGCUGCAUAUUAUACUCUGAGAUCCAUGGUGACAGAAAAUGUCACCUUCCCCCAGAUGAUCAUCCUGGAUUUUCCUUCUACGAUGCUAGAUUUGCAAGAAGGAUGAGCCAUUCUAAACAUCAAGGAAGAUUCAGGAAGCAGAAGAGUUGGUGGACAUCUGUCCCCACCCAGGUGAGGAAAACGAUCUGAACUUCCAGAGUUGUACCUUGGCCAGCAGGGACCUACACCAGGGGCAAAAGCAUCUCUGAGCUGCAAAACUUUGCAAAAUGAGGAGUGCUGGAGAAGCCACUAGCCAAGACCUGCCCUUUCCUGCCUGCCCCUUCAUCACAUGGGCAGCUCUAGACCAUUGAGCCAACAAUGGCCAAGAAGGGUGACUGCUUUGCCAGUAUCUAUGGGUACGACCUUGGUGGGCGCUUUGUUGACUUCAAACCCCUGGGCUUUGGCGUCAACGGGCUGGUGCUAUCAGCCGUGGACAGCCAGGCCUGCCGGAAGGUGGCUGUGAAGAAGAUUGCCCUGAGCGACACCCGCAGCAUGAAGCACGCACUCCGGGAGAUCAAGAUCAUACGGCGCCUGGACCAUGACAACAUUGUGAAGGUGUAUGAGGUGCUGGGGCCCAAGGGCACUGACCUACAGGGUGAGCUCUUCAAGUACAGUGUGGCCUACAUCGUCCAGGAAUACAUGGAGACUGACCUGGCGCGCCUGCUGGAGCAGGGCACGCUGACGGAGGAGCACGCCAAGCUGUUCAUGUACCAGCUGCUCCGUGGGCUCAAGUACAUCCACUCCGCUAAUGUGCUGCACAGGGACCUGAAGCCUGCCAACAUCUUCAUCAGCACAGAAGACCUUGUGCUCAAGAUUGGGGAUUUUGGGUUGGCAAGGAUCGUUGAUCAGCAUUACUCUCACAAGGGUUACCUGUCAGAGGGGUUGGUGACAAAGUGGUACCGCUCUCCACGACUGCUUCUGUCCCCCAACAACUAUACAAAAGCCAUCGACAUGUGGGCAGCCGGCUGCAUCCUGGCCGAGAUGCUCACCGGGAGAAUGCUCUUUGCUGGGGCUCAUGAACUGGAGCAGAUGCAGCUGAUCCUGGAGACCAUCCCUGUGAUCCGAGAGGAGGACAAGGACGAGCUGCUCCGGGUCAUGCCAUCUUUCGUCAGCAGCACCUGGGAGGUGAAGAGGCCACUGCGAAAGCUGCUCCCUGAAGUGAAGAGUGAAGCCAUUGACUUUCUGGAGAAGAUCUUGACCUUUAACCCCAUGGACCGCCUGACCGCUGAGAUGGGGCUGCAGCACCGCUACAUGAGCCCAUACUCAUGCCCCGAGGAUGAGCCCACCUCUCAACAUCCCUUCCGCAUUGAGGAUGAGAUUGAUGACAUCGUUCUGAUGGCCGCUGACCAGAGCCAGCUCUCCAACUGGGACAGGUACCCUGUGAGUCUGUCGUCAGACCUGGAGUGGCGGCCCGACAGGUGCCAAGACGCCAGCGAGGUGCAGCGCGACCCACGCGCGGGCUCGGCGCCGCUGGCCGAGGACGUGCAGGUGGACCCGCGCAAGGACUCACAGAGCAGCUCCGAACGCUUCCUGGAGCAGUCACACUCAUCUAUGGAGCGCGCCUUUGAGGCCGACUACGGGCGCUCCUGCGACUACAAAGUGGGGUCGCCGUCCUACUUGGACAAGCUGCUGUGGCGCGACAACAAGCCGCACCAUUAUUCCGAGCCCAAGCUCAUCUUAGAUCUCUCGCAUUGGAAGCAGGCAGCCGGUGCGCCUCCCACAGCCGCAGUGGCGACAGACGCGGUGGCGCACGAGGACGAGCCAGCCAGCCUUUUCCUGGAGAUUGCGCAGUGGGUCAAAAGCACGCAGGGCGGACCCGAGAGCGCCAGCCCGCCCCACCCUGGCCCCGAGCGCCGCCGGUCCCCCUCGCCCUCUGGCUGCCCAGCCCCGGUCGAUGGGGUCGCAAGUCCCCAGUUCGACUUGGAUGUGUUUAUCUCGCGCGCCUUGAAGCUCUGCACCAAGCCUGAGGACCUGCCAGACGAUAAGCUGGGCGACCUCAAUGGCACGUGCAUCACUGAACACCCUGGCGAUCUCGUGCAGACGGAGGCCUUCUCCAAAGAAAGGUGGUGAGGCCAGAGGGGGCGCUCGCGGCCCCUAGCAGGAAGCCACCCCAGGAAACCGGGCCUGGCCAGAGGGGCCACCUCCCUGGCACUUCCACCACCCCUUCUGCCCCUCUCUGCUGCCUUGGGGUUAGCAGAACACAUGAAGGAUCCGAGGAGCGAGAGGAAUGUCCAUUUCUUAAACUGCCUUAAUUACCAGCCUUUAACUCUGGGAGCAGGUUUGAACAGGAGCCUGGCUGGGACUUAACCACUUUCCCAGCAAAGGGGAGGCCUUGUGUUUUGUAAGUGGCAGGGCAUGGGGAAGAAAUGAGUCUUAGACAACAGUCUGCAAACCCCGCCUGGAUGGCUGGGUGCAAAGGCAGCUUGCAAACACAAUUGUGAAGCCAUCUGGCCCACCAGCCUCAACUGACAGCUGAGGAAGGACACUUAGGCCCUGACUUGCUUAGGAUCACAGGGCCUACUCAGUGUCAGGGUGAGCCUUGAGUCCCAGUUUCCUGGCCCCUGGACCAGUGUCUGUCCCCAGUAUCAUGUCUUCCUCUGCUAGGGUCACUCUGGCUUUUUUUGGUCAGAAAACUUGGUCCAAGAUGUUUCUGCCCUGUCCAUUACCAUCUGAUCCAUCCGAUGUUCUUUAAUUCAGAGCAAUGUUACUUGUAUUCUUAAAUUGGAAACUGAAUCAGUUUCUCCUAGUCACCAAGCAUAUGUUUACUGGCUCCCCAAAUGCUUAGAUGUUCUCAUCUGCCACUCCCCUGUAUUUGCCUCAUCUCUGCAUGGUCUGAAAUCUUUGUUUCAGAGCAGAGCAGUGUAGGGUCCUGGGUAAAGUUGGUCAUUCUCCCAGGCCUGUGUGUACACCUCCAGCACACCCUAUGCACUUUCCUGACAUGCACAAAGACACAGUCCUUAUUCCCCAGUUGAUGUCGUUCAUGGUGAGUUUGAAGACAGCCAUUCCAGGAAUCCCUCCACCCAAUCCCCCAGCAUUCACCUGCUCCAUCCACCUACACAGAGCUCCUCUCCAAGCCCACCUGGGCUUGGAAAGUUCUCGGAACAAAUUGCUCAUUUGGAGGAAAAUAAUGAGGUACCUGCCACAAAGCAAACAUGUUAGGAGGGAAGGUUUCACGUGGGACCUGUCAUCCCUCAUUAAUACUGCCCUCGAUUUUGACCAUCUAGUUAGCAUUGGCUGAGAGCAGGCCUUAAAGAAAUGCAUUGGUGAACUGGCAAACUUGGGGCAAGGAACUCAGAAAGGUAGGAAAGGUGACAACCAAAGCUCCCCCUAACAUGAGCUUGGAGCACUCAGGCCCUCUGCAGAAGCAUGGGUUGGGGUCACUCAUAGCCCCCGUCCAAUCCCUGGAACUUUGCCAUCGGUGUCCAUCUCUUUACCCUCCCCCAGCACCCCCAAGAUACCCACAGGAAGUCUAGCCAGCCUGUAGGGAGAGGAUUCCCCCAGUGCAGAGCUUGGGCUGUGUUCACUCUCACAUCACAGCACUUUAAAUUCGAUCAGCAAGCUAUCAUUUGUACUUUGAAAUCAACAACAUGUUAGAAACUUAUAUUUAAAAACAGAAUUAAUCACACUGAUCAGUUUUUAAAUGGAAAUAUGUAAAUAUGAAGAGUUUAGGCUUUGCUUCUUUUUUUAAGAAAGGAAAUGUACACCAGUCCUCAUGUGCCAUUGUUUCCUCAGAGUGUGGCUUUACUUUAGGUAAAGGAAAAAGCUGCUGACUUUGACCAUAUAUAACUGUCAUUACAGAGAAAUUGUUAUAACUACUCAUGUUUUUUUUUAAAAUCUAUUAAACAUUAUUAAACUUGAUCAGGAUGGGCCAAAUAAAGUUUUAUUGGAACAUAGA